AUGGGAAAGAGAAAAAUAAAGCAGGAGGUAGAUGAAGGUAAAGAUGGUGGUCUACCAUAUUCCUCUAAUGAAAAUGAAUUAAUAGAAAAGAAAGAAUAUGAAAAUAUUGAUACUCAAGUUGACCAAACUGGUGAGAAUAAUGAAAUCAAAAAGGAUACUACUAAACAAGCCGCAGAAGAGGAUGGAGAAAAGGCGAGUUCCACAACUGAAAAGGUAUACCUGCUUCUGAGAGUACAUUUUACAUUCGAGAUUCGAAAUAUUAAAAAUCUAAAAAUCAUUUCUAAAGAAUCCUCACCCGAGGAUGAAUUAUCCGAUACGUCUGCAGCUGUUGGCAAUCUCCAAACUAUGGUGUCAAAAGCUAAAGGUCGUUGGACAGUUGAAGAUGAUAAAUUAUUAUCUAAUCUUGUGUUAGCACAUCUUCCAGAAGUUGGUUGGUCAAAUAUCGCAAGAGAAAAUUUUCCUGAAAGAAACAGAAGUUCUUUAUUUAAUCGAUGGAAUGUUAUCAAGAAAAGAUUGUGGAAUGGUAUUGAAUCCAAGGGAGAAG